CUCCAAAGUAAAGCUUAAGCAACCCCAAGCAGAGUCAAAGACCAAAAGAGCGAGCGUUGAAGAAAAAUUCAGGAAGGAUGGCAUCAACUGGAGUGUUUGCAGACAUCAUAGACGAAGAAGAUAGGGUUUUCAAGUACUACUCUGAUGGUGAGUGGAAGAAAUCAUCGUCGAGAAAAUCAGUCAGCAUCAUCAAUCCCACAACCAGAAGUGUACAAUUCCGAGUUCAAGCUUGUACUCAAGAGGAGGUUAACAAGACCAUAGAGAUAGCAAAAGUGGCUCAGAAAUCAUGGGCAAAGACUCCACUGUGGAAAAGAGCGGAGUUGCUUCACAAGGCAGCUGCUAUUUUGAAAGAGCACAAAAACCCUAUUGCAGAGUGCCUUGUCAAGGAGAUUGCUAAACCUGCGAAAGAUGCAGUCACAGAGGUUGUUAGGUCUGGGGAUUUAGUGUCAUACUGUGCUGAAGAAGGAGUUAGAAUUCUAGGGGAAGGGAAGUUUCUGGUUUCUGAUAGUUUCCCUGGUAAUGAAAGAACCAAAUACUGUCUUACUUCAAAGAUUCCACUUGGUGUUGUAUUAGCAAUUCCACCUUUCAAUUAUCCUGUCAAUCUUGCUGUUUCUAAAAUUGCUCCAGCAAUUAUUGCUGGAAAUUCCCUGGUGCUAAAGCCCCCGACUCAGGGUGCUGUAGCUGCACUUCACAUGGUUCAUUGCUUCCACUUGGCUGGUUUUCCCAAGGGCCUUAUCAGCUGUGUUACGGGAAAGGGUUCAGAAAUUGGUGACUUCCUUACGAUGCAUCCUGGCGUCAACUGUAUAAGCUUCACAGGUGGAGACACUGGAAUAGCCAUCUCUAAGAAGGCAGGAAUGAUCCCUCUUCAGAUGGAAUUGGGAGGCAAAGAUGCCUGCAUUGUUCUAGAAGAUGCUGAUCUGGAUUUGGCCGCAGCUAAUAUUGUUAAAGGAGGUUUCUCCUACAGUGGCCAAAGAUGCACAGCUGUGAAGGUCGUCCUAGUCAUGGAAUUCGUUGCAGAUACUCUUGUUCAGAAAGUUAAUGCUGAAGUGGCAAAACUGACCGUUGGGCCACCCGAGGAUGAUUGUGAUAUCACUCCAGUUGUUACCGAAUCUUCUGCUAACUUCAUCGAGGGGCUAGUAAUGGAUGCCAAGCAAAAAGGAGCAACAUUUUACCAGGAGUACAAGAGAGAUGGCAACCUCAUAUGGCCACUGUUGUUAGAUAAUGUUCGACCUGAUAUGAGGAUAGCAUGGGAGGAGCCAUUUGGUCCGGUUUUACCUGUCAUCCGAAUAAGCUCUGUUGAAGAGGGAAUCAACCAUUGCAAUGCUAGCAAUUUUGGUCUCCAGGGAUGCGUCUUUACAAGAGACAUAAACAAGGCAAUCUUAAUCAGUGAUGCAAUGGAGACCGGAACAGUCCAGAUAAAUUCAGCUCCAGCUCGCGGCCCAGAUCACUUUCCUUUCCAGGGUCUGAAGGACAGUGGAGUCGGUUCUCAAGGCAUUACCAAUAGUAUUAAUAUGAUGACGAAGGUUAAAAGCGUAGUAAUCAACUUACCUACUCCUUCAUACACAAUGGGUUAAGAUUAUCUUUAUGUAGCUUAUAAAAUAAAAUAAAAUAAAUCUUUACGUAAUUAAGUUGCAUGUAUUUUAAUUUAUGCUAAAUAUGGAACUUAAUGUAUUGUUGGCAAAGUCGAGUUUUUGUG